GUGUCAUUGUAACUCCCCGAUCUAAAUUCGAUGAUAAAUUUGAGCAAACUAUAAGUGACAACAAUAGCUUGAGAUUUGGGGCAUUGCGUCAAAUUGGUUUUUACGUGUCCCGAUGAAUCAGAGGAAAAACACAUCACUCGUCGGUAUAUAAAGUAUGAGAAUCGUGUUUGAACCAGUCAGUCAUUGUCAAUCGUUGCUCUGGAGUGGAUGUAUUAUAAAAGUGAGUGCAUACAUCUGACGACAGGAGAAGAGCAAAAUCGGUUUGAAAUAAAGUGCGCUGAAAUAAAUCGGCAUAAUUUGAUAUAAAAAAUAGGGUGACGUCAAGGCAAUAAAACUACUGUAAGGAUUACAGUAUACUUUAUUAAUGACCGACAGCAAAAAAAGCAGAAGACAAGAAGAUGCUCCACCAAAAAUUAAAAAAAGAAAAGCGAGAUUUGUCGAAAAGUUCAUCGAACAGGAUGAUUGGUCGGACGAAGAUCUGGAGGCAUUCAUCGUGAAUGAAUUUGACUUUAACGUCGAUGAUGUUAACUGGAUUUUUAAAACAACCUUGGAAUGCAAAUCUUGUCCAUAUUAUAUCGUCCAAGUACUCAUGGAAAAUGGCACCGAAUUGCAAGUACUCAAUGACUCGGGUCAAACGGCAAUUCAUAUCGCGGCAAAAAAUCGAAAAUGGUCAGUGUUAGACCUACUAUUCGAUUAUUCUGGUAAUGAGAAUCUCAGUGACAAUGAAGGAUUCACUUAUUUACACGCAGCUUGUAUGGCUGACAAUGUUGAGGUGGUACAGAAAUUCAUUGAUCAAGGCGUAAAUAUCAAUCUCACAUUUUAUAAAAAUGACCAUAUCGAAUCUCCUCUGUCGUUGUGCAUCAAACACAAGUCAUGUGAAUUAUUAGAACUUUUAUUGGACAAUGGCGCUGAUCUCAAUUUAUUAGAUGACUGGGUUGAAGACCCACUAAUGUGUUUCAAACGUAUCAGAGAACGUUCAAACGAAUCAUGCUUGUGGAAAAUUAUUGCCAAACAUCAUUUCAAGGAACUCUUCAAAAAUAAAAAAGAUUCAGGGAUACUCGAAAAUCGCAGCGACGUCGAGGGGUUUACAUAUUUACACGCAGCCUGUAUGACUGGAAAUUUCAAGAUGGUAAAGAAAUUCAUAGAUCAAAAAGACGAUCUUGAUAUUAUUUGGCAUUUAUCUGAUGGUACAAGUGAAACACCAUUGACUCUAGCUACUGAAUUUAAACGAAUAAAAAUAGUAGAAUUGCUUUUAAAAAGUGGUGCAAAUCCUCAUGUGAAACCAUUGAGGAAAAACCCUUUACACGUUUUUUUCAAGUUUGUUGAAUAUAGCCCUGUAGAACAGAAUCUGCUCGAACUGCUCAUUCAUUACAACUGCGAUGUGAAUGAAAAAGACCAUGAUGGUCGUAGUCCGUUGUUCUUUUGGUUUGCACCGCAAAAAUCAUCUGAAUACUAUCGCCCUGUAUAUAAAGAUGUCGAACUAGUUACAAAACUUUUGAAAUAUGGAUGCGAUCCAAACACCAAAGAUAAUAAUGGCGAUUCACCUCUACAAUUAGCUGUGAUGAACAGCAACGUCGAUAUGGUUGAAGUACUUUUGGAACAUGGGGCUGACGUGAAAAGUGUUGAUCUUUCGAGGCUAAAUUGCGAACAUGAUUGGAACUACGACGAUAAAGUGAUAAAAUUUUUUGUUAUUCUACAUUUUUUGGAUAGGAAAGGAUAUCAAAUGAAUGAAUCAAGUUGUUUGACCGCGUUGAAAUAUUUGGCAGUGCUAAUUAGAUAUGACUCCGAAAUUUGCUCCACUGCAAAUUUGAAGAAUACAAUAACUUUUGGUAAGCUAUUAUUAAAUGAUGUAAAAAAUAGUAGUGAUGAUCGAUUUAAGAACGAUGACAUGAAAUAUGAUAUUGCCGACCUACUUUACAUAUGUCUUCAAACUAUUGAAACAGGGAAUAUGUUCAUGACAGAAGAAAUGAAGAAUUGUCUGCUACAAUUACAACAAUUUUACAUAAUUGAUGAGAUUUAUAUUGAUGAUUAUAUUGAUAGUAUACCGCAAGAAAUUGAAUACAUAAAAAAUCUGGUGAUAAAAGAUGGUGUGUCUCUACUUGAUGUUUGUGCAUCUAGCCCUAAAAAAGCAUACGGACUGCUGAAUGAUUUUAAAUUCUGGACGAAAAUUAAUUCAAAAGACUUCAAAGAUAACUGCUCUAUUAUAAAUGAGAUCAUUACAGGAUACAUAGAGAAAUGCUUUAUGAAAAAAAUUUUUAUGGAUAUUGGACUCGAAUAUAUAAUACUACUGACGCAGGGUAGACUUCCUCUGUCGUGCUGUGAAAAAUUGAUUCAAUACUUGAACAAUGAAGAUAUAUUGUUGGUGUGUGAAGCAUUGAUAAAUGAAAUUUAA